AUGGAUAGCUUAAACAUUUUAAUAGAUUCAGGAGAUAGUCAAAGGGAAGAUGUAGAAGUUGAUCACGAUGAUGGUGAUGGCGAUGAUUCACGUUGGGUUCCCGAAAUUGGAAUGUGUUUUUAUUGUGUAGAGGAAGUUAAAACAUAUUAUCAGCAGUAUGCUUUGAAAAAGGGUUUCGGAUGGAGGAUUAGGUCAUCGAAAAAGGGAGAUGAUGGAGAGCUCAACUACAUAAUACUUUCAUGUUCAAGAGGGGGAUCAACUGUUUCAAAAAUUUCAUGCACGUUAAAGACACUACCAUCUCGAGCGAAAAAUUGUCCUGCCAAAAUUUAUGUUAAAAUGAAAGAAGAUGGUUUGUGGUACAUUACACAAUUUGAAUCUAUCCAUUCUCAUGAAACUAGCCCUACGAAAGCUAGAUUGUUCAAGGCCAACAAGAAAAUGAACUUACACGUGAGAAGAAAAAUCCAAAUCAAUGUUGACGCGGGAGUAAGGAUCAACAAGACUUUUCAAUCGCUAGUUAAAGAUGCAGGUCGUCAUGAAAAUAUUCCGUUUUGUGAAAAGGACGUGAGGAAUUAUAUUAACAAAGAACGUCGUGCAAUUGGAAAAGAAGGUGAUGGUAAGGCUUUGAUAAGUUAUUUUUGUAAAAUGAGGGAACAAAAUACAAAUUUCUUCUAUGACAUAGAUUUGGAUGAUGAUUUUCAUGUGAGGAAUGUAUUUUGGGCGGAUGCAAGAAGUAGAGCCGCUUAUGAAUAUUUUGGUGAUGUUGUAACUUUCGAUACAACAUACUUGACUAACAAGUAUGACAUGCCUUUUGCUGCAUUUGUAGGUGUGAAUCACCAUGGUCAAUCAACAUUACUUGGUUGUGGAUUACUAUCAGGUGAAGACACAGAUUCUUUUGUGUGGCUUUUCAAGUCAUGGCUUCGUUGUAUGUUAGAAAAACCACCUAUGGGUAUUGUGACCGAUCAAUGUAAGGCUAUGAAAAAUGCUAUUGAGUUAGUCUUCCCUACAACUCGUCAUAGGUGGUGUUUAUGGCAUAUAAUGAAAAAAAUUCCAGAAAAACUUAGCGGAUAUGGUGAAUACAAAAGGAUCAAGUAUGCAAUGAAAGAAGCAGUCUAUGAUACAUUCACAACAGAUGGUUUUGAACAAAAAUGGAGUUUGUUCAUAGAAAAAUUUAAUCUCCAAGAGAAUGAUUGGUUGGGAGGGUUGUAUAUGGAGCGUCAUCGGUGGGCACCAACUUUGUUAAGGAAAUAUUUUUGGGCUGGUAUGUCUACUACGCAGCGUAGUGAGAGCAUACAUGCCUUCUUUGAUGGAUAUAUAAAUUCUACAACAAGUCUAAAUCAAUUUGUGAAACAAUAUGAUAAUGCUCUUAGAAGUCGGGCAGAAAAGGAAUUUGAAGCUGAUUUUAAUUCGAUGGAUACAACAAUUCCAUGUGGGUCAAACUCGACCAUUGAGAAGCAAUUCCAAAAUAAGUAUACUCAUGCCAAAUUCAAGGAAAUUCAAGUGGAAUUCAGAUCUAAAAUGAAUUGUUCUACCUCAUUGAAAGGCGUGGAAGGUUGCUUUGCUACGUAUCAUGUGUUAGAGGAGAUAUUAGUUGGAGAGAUACGUAAAGAGCGAGUCUUAAAAGUUGUACUUAACAAGGAAAACCAUGAUUUCAAAUGUGAAUGCUCAUUGUUUGAGUUUAGAGAAUUGAAGCCAAAAAUGGACAAGUUUGACAAAUUAUGCAAACACUUUUAUGAGGUUGCUGAAGUAGCUGCUGAUUCAGAUGAGACUACUGAUGACCUCCAUGAAACAUUACAUUUGUUUAGCUCCAAUAUGUCCAUAAAGGAUAGUGUAGUUGUUGAAGAGAAUAUCAAUGAGGAUUCCAAUCCAAUCAAUAGUAAUCACAUUCGUAGCCCAAAACAUGUCAAGCGCAAAGGUCGUCCUCCAUCUAAAAGAAAAAUAUUUGUCUCUGAUACGAUUGUUAAGAGGUCAAGGAAGCAAACCAAAAAAAGUGAUCACAUUGAGCUUACUACAGAGUGCAAUAUUGGAAUGGUGGGAAGUCAGCUCGGAAGUAACAUUUGUGUAGAAUCAUCUCUUGAGGUUGUUAAUGGAGGACAUUGCUUAAAUUCAAAUAUCGUGGUUGGAGGUAAUAUGUCAUUCAUGGAUCUUUUGACAACAUGUGAAACACCUUUGGUGGGUUCAUCUCAAGUUUGUACAAAUUGA